CAUCCACCUGUCUUCAUGACGUGUUCUCGAACAAUGACCCGCCGGGAGACGUUCCAUGGAGACGGCGGCCCCGGAGUCAACAGACGCCGCCAGACGCCGGAGAGAAAAGACGGUGAGAGACAGAGAGAGAUGGCUUCCCUCGGGAAGCUGCUGAGCCGGGCGCUCUCCUUCCCGGCCCAGCUUCUCCCCGCCUCCCGGGCGCUCUCCUUCCCGGCACAGCUUCUCCCCGCCACCCGCCGCCUCCACAUGCCGGCAGACGGGCCCGGCUGGGAAUUCAUCCAGGGUUUGGGGAGGAUGGCCGGUCAGCUCCCAACCGUGGACCCCCCGACCCCUGCCAGGAACAUCUGCACCGAUCGCGAGGGCUUGUCUGUCAACGCUGUGAUCAUCAAGGCCGCUCUGGACAACAUCGAAGCACUGGACGUGACAGAUGAACCGCCUGCUUCAUCGCUCCUGUUGAUGGAACACGCAGAGGUUUUCGGGGCGUCAGCACCAGCUACCUGGGGCCUCAAGAGCCAGCCGUCCCGACAACUCCCCACCAGCUGGACUUUCAGGGGCGGAAGGCUGCCGGUGAAGAGUGCCUAACUUGGUGACUACAGCACACGGUUGAUUAUCUUCAGGUUACCGACACUUUACAUCAAGUAUCCAGUAUGUCCCAUCAACAUCGGACAGCACUACAGAAGAGGCUUAUUGACACGUGUGUAUGAGAAUAGCAGUAUCUAUGCCGAAAGGGGAAUAUGUAUGUCCUAAUGUAAUGGUGAUAGGUCGGAAAUUUCUUCAAAGUAUAAAACAUUUGUACAUUUUUCUCAAUCAAUACCAAGCCGACACACCUGGAUAUUUCAUCUAUAGACAGCUCCAAAAGGCCACAGCGGUAUUGCAGCACCUGAACAGAAUUAGUGUGUAGACAUAAAUUUAUAUACCAUGAAGACCAUACCCAUACCACCAGGCCAAGAGAUCUACAUAUUCUCAUGUAGACAGCCAGUAGCUCA